AUGGUGGGGAUUGCAAAAUUACCGCCGGAGGUUAUCCAGCAUAUUUUUGAUCAGCUUUCGACUGCGCCAUCGUAUUCGCACCUGUACUGGGUAGACGCCAGUUUCAAGAGCAAGCUGUCAGAUUUGGAGGCACUCAGUCGAACAUGUCGAGCUUUUCGACAGCUGGUCAGGCGAAAUCUAUUCAGCUACGUCUGGCUGGUGAAACCCGGACAUAGCCACCUGAUUUCUCUCAUUAGAGGUUGGGACUCCCGCCCAUAUUGUACACAACAUGUGCGACGUGUGUGCAUUCCUAUCCACGCUCCAGAGCAAUCUCCUCGGCAGCAAGAGAUGAGAUUGUCAGAUGACGAAGUUCUGUUUAUUGAAGAGACACUCAGUAAAAUGAGGCUUGCAGUUCACCCAAAAGGAUGGAACCGUGGCGGCCAUUUCAACAUACUCGCCAUAAUGGUUCCUCUCAUGGCCAAAUCGUUGAGAGAACUUGAGAUUGAGUACAUCUUGAGUGAAAAUCACCGAAACCAUGAUGUCUCGAACAAACUUCUCCUGAUGGAAGAUGACGUCUUUCCAAACUUGGAAACCCUACGCAUCAAAUGCACACCUCACGUGGGACGAUUUCCAAUGGAGCUUGUCAAAGCUAUCUCAAAGAAUGCCCCAAAAUUAAGAUCUCUCAAGAUACAGCAUUUCGACGACGCAUGGUUUGACGGAUCGCAAACUUGGGAAAAGCUCACCGAUAUUUCCAUCUGGUCGAGUUUAAACAUGCAACCGUUCAUCAUGGAAAUUAUCUCGACGCCAAAGCACUUAUGUCAUUUCGGACUUGACAGAUGUGUGUCGAGUGUCAGUCAGAUGGUGGAUAUGAUUGACGCGUUGGUCGAGCACAAAGAGACACUUAAAGCUCUAAGUGUCCGGUUCCCCGAUCGAUCGACUGGAGAAACAGCGAGUCUGCUUCUACACAAGCUCUGUAAUCUGGAAACCUUCACGACGCAGUUACAGGACGCCGGCACACAGGACGAAAACAUUCUGCGCCAGUUCCCAAAAUCUUUACGAAAGCUGCGUAUCGUACGAGCACGAGACCGCCACCAUAAUCAUUCUCCAUAUCGUUAUUGGUUGGAGGAGCACCUUCGGAGACUCAGGAAGACGGGCAAAUAUCGUAAUUUGCAAGUGUUUGUUUGUGAUACUUGGGAGGAAAAGGAAGGAGAAGAAAAACUCGACUUUGAUGGACGAGAUGAGGAUUCCGUCGAGAAAGGUUAUUUGGGAGAGGCAGUCGACUGGCUGUACUUGAUGCCGUGA